CCUGAUUAUCUCCGAGAGCAUCCAAAGGAUUUAAAACUAAGAAGAUCCUUUGGCUCUUGGUUGUAACGAUGACGAAAAUAAUUCCCGAUCCUGGCACGAAGUGUCACCAAGUUUCUCGAAGUAUACGUGGGUUCAGUCUAACACGACCACUGGGUGCUGUGCCCUGCUGUCCGUUUUCCUCUAUAUCCGAAUCGCCAGCCUGCGGAUCGUUCGUGCUGAGUUCAGGAGGUGUCAUCUGCAAGAAGAAGAAGUUGGUGGUUAUGUGGCAAGACUACCUCGACGUUGGCCGGACCAAGGCUAGGACUCAUAUUCAGUCGAUGAACUUUGUUCAAAGAUCAGGAUUGUUCAUUAGAACAAUCUGAAGAGUUUGGUCUCUUCAGAUAUUGUGUAGUGUCUAAACUACGGAAGGUUUGGGAAUGUAUAGUUCAUUUAUCCGAGCGAGUCUCAUCGGGCUCCUGCUCGCCCACCAAAACUACACGAUAAUACGCAAGUCCCUCUCCAGGGCACCGAGCUUGUGAAGAACCUUCGAGCUCCGUACUGGAUAGUCCGUACAUAGAUAGUCCUAGUAUCCACUCAUCUCAUCUUACACAAAUUCACUCGGCUCAACCUAGCUGUUCUCGAUCGUCUGGAAGUUAUCUUUAUCAGGGCCAUCGACCUGAAAGCUUUAUUCUGAGGGAUGGCGAUGAUGGUUUGAUGCUCGAAUGGCGGGCACGUCAGCGUACUUUUGAUGGAGCAUAUCUUAGAACUUCUCUCACUUGCUCAAUAUGUGCUUUGUUCAUCUUGAAAUUAUCUUCUAGAAAGUUUGAUAAAAUUGGAUUACUCUAUGCUUUAUUAUCUCUUUCACUUUUGUUCAUAAUUCAUAUAAGAAGAAAAAGAUUAAACCACGAUCUUUCAGAUAAAUAUCUUAUAAAUCAAACAUCAGAAAAUGAAGAUGAGGAACCAUUACAAAAGAAAUGGGGACGUGAGUUUCGUACUGCAGGUGAUAUAAUUUUAAUUCUUUCUUUAAUUGUGUUGGUGAUCCAAUUCUCUAUAAUCUACAUUAUUCUUUUCGUUCAAGAUUCUUGAUUUCUUUAUUCUCUUUUCCAAGAAAGCAAUCCAUUUUUCCUAUUCUUGCUUUCCUUUGAUUUCACUUGCCUCGAUUAUAUAGUUUUAACUUUGUACUCGUAUCCCAAAGUAGAUUCAAAACUGAUAGUUUUCCCUU